AAUUUACGAUUGCACUCUAAGAAGAAUUUGGCUAGGGCUCCGACUAUUGUAGGACCGAGGGCGUCGAAGCCGAACUAUUUACCGCUUUUUUACUUUGAGUUGCACUGGAACGACGUCGUUUGUGGAAAUACCUCUGCUUUAAAGGAACGCAAUAACAGAGAAACCGAAGACUGUUGCUUUGGGAAUGAGGGAGGUUUAGAGGUUGAAGAAGAGGAAGAAGAAUAGUUUCGGAGUUUGAGUUGAGGAGUCUUCUUCCUGAGGGUUUCGUCAUAUUUGUAUUGGUUAUUUGAGGUUUCUGAAAUUUCUGACUCCGUGACGUUUUCACUGGUUUUAGAAAGAGGGAGAGUGGGGGGGAGGUUUAGAUUCUUGAUUAACUAUGCAGACGGAGGCUAGAGUGGGGAUGGUGGUCGAAGGUCAGAGAGCUUUGAAUACUGUCCAUGGAAGCGUGGCGGUGCCACAGUCAAAGCCGCCACCGCCGCAGUCGCUCCAGCUGUCUCAGAUCAGUACCCUAUCUCAGCUUCUCGCCGGAGGCGUAGCCGGAGCAUUAAGUAAGACCUGUACGGCCCCGCUUGCUAGACUUACUAUUCUCUUUCAGGUGCAAGGUAUGCACUCUGAUGUUGCUACAUUGAGCAAGGCAAGCAUAUGGCGUGAGGCUUCACGAAUCGUUGGUGAAGAAGGAUUUCGAGCUUUCUGGAAGGGAAAUCUAGUUACAAUAGCUCAUCGUCUUCCGUAUUCUUCAGCUAACUUUUAUGCGUAUGAACACUACAAAAAGUUACUACAAAUGAUUCCAGGACUAGAAAAUCAUAGGGAAAAUAUGAGUACGAACCUCUGUGUACAUUUUGUAGGUGGUGGCAUGGCAGGAAUAACAGCAGCCACAGCCACAUAUCCAUUGGAUCUUGUGAGAACACGCCUAGCUGCCCAGACAAAUAUGAUCUAUUAUAGAGGUAUUGGGCAUGCUUUGCGAACUAUUACGUGCGAGGAGGGAAUUUUGGGACUAUAUAAAGGACUUGGAGCAACUCUCUUGGGUGUUGGCCCCAACAUAGCUCUAAGCUUUUCAGUGUACGAGAGUUUGAGAUCUCAUUGGCAGUUGCAUAGGCCUCAUGAUUCUCCUGUCCUAGUUAGUUUGGCUUGCGGCAGUCUUUCAGGAAUUGCAUCAUCGACAGAGAAACAAGGUGUGGUGCAGGCUCUGCACCAAUUAUCUAACCAGAUUGACCCCUAGAACCUGAGACCAGACUGGAGUGGUUUUUUUUAAUCUGGCAUUUGAAAGUUUUAGUAAGAAUGACGAUAAGAAAUUGUUUUUUCUUUUCUUUUGUCAAUCAUCCAACUUUAUGUUAUAUAAAGAUCUUUACUUGGAUUAACCUCAUCUUUCCACAUUUUAUUCAAUGACGUGUCUCCCAAGCCUUGCAGUGGGUUCCUUUAUUGGGGGGCACUACUUUCAGGUGAACCUAUGUUAUCUCAAUUAUCAAUGUGAGAGGUGUCCUCUUUGAGGUAUGCUUCUCACUUGGCGUUCCUUUUCCAAUGACUUCAAGUGUAUUGGAUUUUGCAAGCCUCGCCACCGCUUAUGGGAGUACUCUGUUCAAUGAUCUGCUAAUAUAUAGAUUACACACAACACAAUCAAAAUGUCAUAAUAAAAAUUGCUGAAUCUAAUUUUAAUCAAGUGGUUCUUUUGCAAGUGUUGGAUAUUGUGCAGUAGAGAACAAAACUUUCAUGCUGAUCUCAAUCCUGGUCACUAGUAGCUUUGAGAUAGCUGAGUAUGGCUUUGUAGUGUUGUGUUUAGUGUUCACAUAGGUCCUAAUUUUGACAAUCUCUGGUUUAACUUCGUUUUUGUGACUACUAAUCUGUAGAACCAAGACUCUAGUAUGAUAGUAUCCUCUUUUGACAUGGCAGCAUGUUACUGACACUGUAGCCUAAAACAUGACCCACACCUCCUGUUUUCUCACCUAUAGGCUGCUUUCAUGCACUGAAUUUUUGUUGCACGAUGAUAUCAAAUGUUCUGUAUGAUGUCUUUCUAGUCUAAUGGUGUGAUGCUGGCUGUAUGUAUAUUAAGAAGCAUUUGUUUUUUAGAUUUUUAUUAUAAUGGAUUUUUCUUUUCCUAUUUCCUUACCUUGAGAAUUGGAAAGGUCAUUCCUAACCUUCUCAAAUCAAGUGCAUUGGAAGAGUCCCAUUUGGCUGCACUAGAAUAUCUACAGGUCAUUUUAUUUUGUUCUUUACUACAACUGUGCAGCAACUUUCCCAUUGGAUCUUGUUAGAAGAAGAAAACAGUUAGAGGGAGCAGGUGGUCGAGCUCGUGUCUACACAACAGGCCUUCUAGGUACAUUUAAACACAUUUAUAGGACUGAAGGUCUGCGUGGCCUGUACCGGGGAAUUCUGCCAGAAUACUACAAGGUGGUGCCUGGUGUUGGAAUUUGUUUUAUGACUUACGAGACCCUGAAGAUGCUCUUAGCAGAUGCUGACGAUAAUCUAUAGUAGCUGAUAAUAACACUGGGAACUGCAACUAAGGUGGGGAGACUAUUGGAACUGACUGUUUUGUAACAACAGAGCUCAUUUUCUUUUUCUGGAUUCUCAUAGUAGUUAAUCUUAAUAUCGUGACACUACCGUGAGAAUUACAUUUUUCCAUGUAUAGAUUUCAUAUUUCAUAUUACAAAUUAUAAGUUUAUGGCAGCAUACUUGUUCUCCAUGA